AUGUCCUUCGGCACUUCCUGUUUAAAGUCUUAACUCUCAAUUUCAAGUUUUACAACUUUUAUACUCCUACCAAAAUGUGGGAGUGCUAUGUUUAAGAUUCUUCUGUUAGUCAUUAACGUGUGUAUUUUGCACACAACAAGUAAUGAGAGUUAUUUCAAGAACAUCUGGGAGCCUUACGAAGGGAAAUAUGGUUAUUUUUCUGAGGAGGACCGAAUUGAAACUCUCUCUGGUAUUAGAGACAUGUUUUAUUUUGGCUACGAUAAUUACAUGAAACAUGCUUACCCAAAAGAUGAGCUUGAUCCCAUUCAUUGUACAGGGAGAGGUCCAGAUUAUGAAAAUCCGUCAAAUAUCAACAUUAAUGAUGCCUUGGGAGAUUAUAGUCUGACAUUGGUGGAUACAUUAGACACAUUAGUGAUAUUGGGAAACACAACAGAAUUCAAAAGAGCUGUAAAUCUGAUAUCAGAGAACCUCACUUUCCAGAAUACCACAGUCCAGGUUUUUGAAGCAACAAUAAGGGUACUGGCGGGAUUGCUUUCUUCACAUCUGCUAAUUAUCGACCCGGAUCAGCCAUUUGGAAACAUUGUUCCAUCUGAUUACAAUGGUGAACUGCUCGAACUUGCCCACGAUCUUGCGUCUAGACUUAUUAAUGCCUUUGAAAACACUGCAACAGGAAUUCCAUUUCCAAGGGUAAAUUUACAUAAAGGAGUUCCUGUAGAUUGUAUAAAUGAGACAUGUACAGCAGGGGCUGGUACCCUUGUCCUGGAGUUUGGGAUCCUGUCACGCCUGAUUGGGGAUCCAACCUUCGAGGCAGCAGCAAGGAGAGCUGUCAGGCGAAUUUUACAUUACAAAUCCAAUGUUACAGGGCUAAUUGGGAAUGUUAUAAAUAUACAGACUGGUGAAUGGGUUGGAAAAAUGAGCGGUCUUGGUGCUGGAUUGGACUCUUUCUUUGAAUAUAUGCUCAAGAGUUAUAUAUUGUUUGGUGAUGAAGAAGAUCUCAGGUUAUUCAAUGAAUCCUAUGAAUCCAUUAAAUUUCAUAUGAGACGAGGGAGAUUAAAAUGUAACCAUGGUGAUGGUAAUGCUCCGAUAUAUGUUAAUGUUCACAUGUCGUCAGGAGAUCUAGCCAACUACUGGAUAGAUGCUUUACAGGCCGCAUGGUCAGGAGUUCAGGUGUUACAUGGUGAUAUAGAUGAAGCUAUUUGCUCACACGCUAUUUUCUAUGCAAUAUGGCGCAAGUAUGACUCCCUGCCGGAACGUUUCAACUGGAACCUUAGAGCACCUGAUGUUCUUUUUUAUCCAUUGAGGCCAGAACUUGUUGAGUCAACAUACUUUCUUUAUCAAGCCACAAAAAAUCCAUUCUACCUCCAUGUUGGACGAGAUAUCUACAACAGCAUAAAUGAGCAUGCUAAAGCAGAGUGUGGGUAUGGAACAAUUCAUGAUGUGAACACCAAAGAACUAGAGGACAGGAUGGAGAGUUUCUUUCUUAGUGAAACCUGUAAAUAUUUAUACCUGUUAUUUGACAAAGACAAUCAUUUCAACAAAGAAGCUGCGAAGUAUAUAUUCAACACUGAAGGCCAUAUAUUUCCAAUAAGUCAAACAUUUCGCACAAAACCAUGGGAGGAUUACAUUAAACCAGAAGUGAAUGUUGAGACACAAAGUGAUGAACCGACUGUAGUAGAUGCAAGGACCAAUACCUCGUUUUCUAAUUGUGACAGUAUACCAAGCAUGAGAAGAUAUGCUCUGCCGAUGGAAAGCCAUUACUUAGAGCAGAUAGAUCGAGCCGUUGGUGUUGAUUUAGCUGAAAUAUUCUCUUGAUGUUUGUAUAUGUGUGUAGGAAUUAAUGGUGCUGGUUCAUCUAUUUAAUUUUUCCCUUCUUAAUUCAUGUAAGCAGAUGGCCAAGGUGUGGUUGUAACUGAAAAGUAGAUACUCUGGUGCGGGUCAUUUGCGAUCUGUGGUCCUGCUUUAAUUUUUGUCUUAGUUUUUAGCUCACCUGAUCACAAAGUGCUCAUAGUGAGCUAUUGUGAUCAUGUUGUGUCCGUUGUGCGUGCGUUCGUCAAUCAAGUUGUCCAUCGACAAUAAUUGUGUUUAAACCAUAUCUCCUCCAAAACCAUUAAAUGGAUUUUGAAAACUUGGCCUUGAAGUUCCUUGGGUGGUCCUCUACCAAAAUUGAUCAAACAGUUCCGCUUGGUUGCACAUAGGGACCGUUAGAGCUAAAAAUAGAAAAAUCUUCAAACAACAUCUCCUAAACCAGUGGUCCGAAUUUGAAAUAAUUUCAGACAAGUAGUCCUUGUGUGAUCUCUACCAAGAUUGAUCAAAUUAUCUUGAUUUGUCAAAAAACAUGGCCGCCAAAGGGAGUGGUCAGUUUUUCCUAUAUGUAUAGAGUGGAAACUUUAAGAAUCUUCUUGUGUGAAACUGCUAACCUGAUUUUAAAAUAAUUUUACACAAAUGGUCCUUGUAUGAGCCUCUACCAAGAUUUUUCAGAUUAUUCCGAUGUGUCAAAAAACAUGGCUGCCAGGGGGCAUGGUCACUUUUCGCAAUAUGUAUAUAGUAGAAACUUGGAAAAUCUUGUAUAAAACUAUAAGCUUGAUUUUAAAAUGAUUUCACAUAAAUUGUCCUUGUGUGACCUUCUACAAAAAAUGUUUACAUUUUUCUGAUUCGUCAAAAAAAUGAAUUCCAGGGGGCGUGGUCACUUUUCAUCAACAGUUUCUGCAAACAACAUCUCCAAAAACACUGAAUGGAUUUUGAUGAAACUUUACACAAACAAUCUCUGGGUAAGCUUCUUUCAGAUUGUUCAAAUGGUUACACUUCAUUGAACAUAUUGGUUUUUUUGGUUAAAAAUAGGUUUUCAGCUGUCACACUUUAAAAAUCUUUUUCUCUAGAGCUUUGAUAUUUGGCAUGUGAUAUAAGGGUUUGACUCUAAUUGACCAAAUUAUAGCCCUAAGGUCAAAAAUGGCCAUGCCCCUGUGUGUGACAUGUACUUACUAUUGUCCUACAAUAAGAAAUUUUGAAAAUCUUAUUUUGUGAAUCAGUAAUAGCUAGAGCCUUGAUAUUUGGCGUAUGAUAUCAGAGUUGUACUGUCUACCAUAAUCUUUCAAAUUAUUGCCCUAGGUUAAAAAAUGUUUGUGACAUGUAUAUAAUAUAGGCUAGCACAGAAGAAACCGAACUGUGUACUUAGGUUAUACAAACACACUUGAAGCCUUGUACACAGGUGAGCGCUUUAUGGUCAAUGACCCUCUUGUUUUCUGAAACCUAUAGUCUAAUUGAAACCAUACCAGUAGAAGUCUUGAAGCAAAAUUUUUUUAUGUGUUGAAAUGGCUUUGUUCAUUGCACAGAAAUACAACAAAUAACAGCUUUGAUCAGCAGCUUGUGAAAAGCUAGGUAGAUAUUCACUGUAAUGCUGCAUAGUAUAAUAGCAUUAACCUUUUAUCAAGCAAUAUUUAGAAAGGAAAAGGUGUAUAGAGGAACGUCUUUGCUGGAACUUCAUUAUCAAACUUUGCCAGUAUGAACUUUCAUGUUUCAAGUCAUUUCAUUUUGUUGUUAGUAGGAGCAUGGGGAUUGGGGGGCUGGAACUCUUCUCUGAACUUCAAGAGUUGGGAACCAACAUAUGCUUUGCACCCUGCACCACCUCUCCCAAAUCAACAAAUUUUGGCCACAUAAUUUGUUCUUUUUCUCACAUAAUUAAGGUAAAAAAAGUUUUGAACGAGAAUUUAGAUUAACAGUUUUUCAUUUGUUUUGUAUUUUACAAAAGUAACAAGAAUAUUUUGGGGAGUGUGGAGUUUAAUAUUCAUACAUGUAGGUUUGGCACAUGUUAGCCUUCCAUGGAUAUCACUUCUAUGCUAGUGUUUGUUAUUGCAUACAUUUGUAAGGGACUGAUUAAACUUGAAAGAUAUCUGUUAAAAAUUUCAUUGCAUAUUAUUCAGCUUGGUCUUUUGUAUCCAUGUAUUGUGUCAUCUUUCUCACAGUUAAUACUUUCAUUUAUUAAACAUUCUAUAAUAGUACUGAUGUUCUUAAAUAUAUAAUUUUUAGUCAUACUGACUGGUUGGUUUUUGGCAUGAAUUGAGAAAAGAUGUGAUAAUACAUUGUGUGACAUAUUGUUAGGUGUUAUUUGGAAAGAAAUAAUUGUAAAAUUAGAAACAUUUGCAACAGUUUUUUUCAAAAUAACAGUUAUUAAACAAUAGCGAGAUCUGGGGUGUUGUAUUCAGCUCAAGAGAAUUUUAUCAAGCUCUGGAGGUAAUUGAGGCACACAAGGGCAUAGUGUGAGGCAGCCUUGAAAAAUCUAUAAGAUUACACCCUAAAGCUACUAUGAGGACCCUGUUGUUGUUAUUAUAUACCUCCACCUAUUUUUGUUUUAACCAAAUAUGUCUACAAACUCAAAAACAAAAACCGUUUCAUUACUGUGUCAUGAAUAUUGAUGAAAGUAGUCCAGACAAAGGUAAAAUACAGCAUCAGAUUUUCAUAUUGUGUAAUACGGCAUUUUAUUUCUGUCAGUUCUUAUUUAUUUCUGUAUCUUUCAAUAUAUUUAUAGGUAUAUUAUGCAACUGUUUUCGCGUUUUUAUUUUUAUUAGCUCGACUAUUCGAAGAAUAGGGGAGCUAUCCUACUCACACCGGGGCAUCGGCGUCAGCGUCACACAAAUGUUAAAGUUUGUGUACCACCCCUAACAUUUUCAAAGUCCAUUGAGAUAUUGCUUUGAUAUUUUGCUUACUUGUUUACCAUCAUGACCCCAGUCUGUGAAAAGGAGGAGGUAUCUCUAUCAAGCAUUUUGACUAAAUUAUGGCCCCUUUUCGACUUUGAAUAUGCUUAUUGUAAUGUUAAAGUUUUACUCAUAGCUUAUAUUAUACUAUCAAGCACUGAGAAUAGUUGAGCGCGCUGUUGACUUAGAAUAUGCUUAUUGUAAUGUUAAAGUUCGCGUACCAUCCCAAAUAUUUUCAAAGUCCAUUGAGAUAUUGCUUUGAUAUUUUGCAUACUUGUUUACCAUCAUGACUCCAGUCUGUAAAAAGGAGGAGGCAACUCUAUCAAGCAUUUUGACUGAAUUAUGGCCCCUUUUCGACUUUGAAUAUGCUUAUUGUAAUGUUAAAGUUUUACUCAUAGCUUAUAUUAUACUAUCAAGCACUGAGAAAAGUUGAGCGCGCUGUCAACUGACAGUUCUUGUUGGUUAAAUUCUUAUAUGUAAGCUGGUAUCUCGGUACCCGCUAAUGGGAAUGGAUUGAAACUUCACACACCUGUCCACUGUCAUGAGCUGAUAAACACUAUGCAGGUUCCAUAACCCUGUUAUGCUUUUUUACUAAAUUAUGCCCCUUUUUCGACUUUUGUAUUCAUUCAGUUGACAAGGCUGUUGAAUAGUCGAGCGUUGCUGUCCACCGACAGCUCUUGUUUAUCUUGAAGUACAUUUUUAUUGUAAGUUUAUAUUGUGAUUUGUGACUUUCAUUUCUGAAGCAGUUUUUAUGAUUGUGCAUGCUUAACCUUUAGCCUGCUGGCGGCAUGUGCCUUUGUGACCAGUGCAGACCAAGAUAAGCGUGCACAUCUAUGCAGGCGGAUCAUGGCCUGUACUUUUCGCUAUUUGGUCUGUAUUUUUACAGUGAACAUCCCUUCAAAUAAUAAAUGGUACGGCCCAAAUUGAAUGAUAGACCACUCCAUUUUUGCAAUUUAGCAGGGUAAAGGUUAAGAUUGUAAGUGCCUUCUAAUGCUGACUUGCCAACAGAACUUUUGUCAACAUUUUGUGUCCAAAGUUUAAUCAAUAUUUAAAUUAUUCUUUUGGCUAUAGAAGUUUUUAGCCCAUCUGAACUGUUGAAGUUUUUAUAAUACAGUGUGGAGCUGAAAGAGUAUUUUAUGGUACAAAACUCAAGUUAUAUGAUAUUAUAGCAAAGCUAGGUAGAAAAUUCUGUAUUUAGAGUCUUAUGAAUUUAGUUUCGCUCAAAAAUGCUUUGGUGGCAACAGAGUUAUCUUUACAAUAAGAGACAAAAAUACUGUAGAAUCUGGUAAAUAAGUGCAUAUUCGAAUAUAAGCGCAUAUCAAAAGUAAGCGCAUACGGCCUUACCGUUAUUCCGUAUGGGAUAUUAAGCGCAUGUCAUGCCCUUACCAUAAUUUUGUCUCGAAAGUAGGCGCAUAUCCGAUUACUGAUAAACAAACAACAGAUGCAGCAAAAAGACGUAAUUAACGGUAUUAUACUGUGAUAAUUGUUUACAAGGUGACAAGUGUUCUUACCUGUUGAAUAGCCGAUGGGUGUUAAAAGAUUUUAAUGUCUGUUGUUUGAUAAAAUGAUAAUUGUUUACAAUAAUCAUGCUUUUAGAAUAGAAAAUGUUUUCAGUAAAUGAAGGUAAAAGUUUGAAUACCAGAAAAGUUGCUUGCGUUGUCAUAACAGUUUGUCAUUCUUUCGUAAAUCUGUGAAAAGAAUAUGGAUAAAAUGCUACAACCUUAAGUGUUGAACAAUUAUUGAAUGGUCCGAGAGAUUGAGCAUUAUUUGCAAAUUAUGUAGUUCUUUAUGCUUUCAUUAUGUAUAAAUACUGUAGGCCUAUGCAAUAAAAGGCAGUAGUUCACUGCGCACAUCCAUGGCCAUGUUUUACUUUCGUUUUCGCAACCAAGGUAAGCACUGUCAAUAUUCCUGAUAUAUCAUAAAUAGGUGCACACGGCUUGUCUAUAAGCGCAUAUCAAAUAUAAGCGCAUAGUUUUGAUUUAAGUAUAAGUGCAUAUCAAAAAUAGGCGCAUAAAAGUGUCACUAAAAUUAUUACGUACGCUUAUUUACCAGAUUUUACAGUAUUUAAAUUCUUUUCAAAACAAGGUUAGGCUACAAGUGAUGAAAUUAAACUGGAACUUCCUGUGCAUCCCUGAAACAUUAGGAUGUCUUUUAUGUUUACAGAUAUUAAUUUUCCAUGCUUUGUUUAUAUACUGUAAGAAAGCAUGCAACCAAAAAAGCAUUUUGUUUUGCUUCAUUUUGUUCUAUGUGUAAAGUAGAGUUUGCAAUAGUCUGCCACUGGUUGUACGACAAAUUGGAAUAUGCAGCUCUUUGGUAACUGUUACGGUUGUAAUGAAGCUCAUUUCCCAGGAAUGAGAUAUUUCCAUCAGUAUCUACAAUCAGUGACAGGUUAUUGUAAGAACAGUAGCGUUUUUUUUUUGUGUGAAAAUGAAGGUGUUAAGGUGUCUUUUGUUCUGGCAUUCUUCUAUGAUAUAUAUCAAAUCAGUAAAUAUUUGGAAUAAAUGUAAUUUAUGUAAUUGUCAAAGGUCACUUUGUGUUAACUUUGUGUAACACAUACAUGUAAUUACAUGUAUGUUUAUUAUAUAAAUUAUAUUUAGCUGUUGUCUCAUAUUGAAUUGUAAUUAUUUAACAGUAUUUAUGCCCAAUGUUCACUAUGCAUUUUUAGCUCACCUGAGCCAAAGGCUCAUGGUGAGCUUUUGUGACCGCUCAAUGUCCGUCGUCAGUCGUACGUUGUGUGUCGUGUCCGUCAAUAUUUUCUAAAAAAAUCUUCUUCUUGAAAACUACUGGGCAGAAUUACACCAAACUUCACAGGAAUGAUCCUUGGGCGCCCCCCUUUCAAAAUUAUUCAAAGAAUUGAAUUCCAUGCAGAACUCUGGUUGCCAUGGCAACUGAAAGGAAAAACUUUAAAAUUCUUCUUGUCCAAAACCGCAAGUCAUAUAGCCUUGAUAUUUGACAUGUGACAUCAUCUAAAGGUCAUCUAUGAAGAUUGUUCAAAUUGUGCCCCUGGGGUGAAAAGAGGCCUCGCCCUGGGGGUCACAAGUUUUACAUAGACUUAUUUAGGAAAAAACUUUAAAAAUCUUCUUGUCCAAAACUGCAAGGCGUAGAACCUCAAUACUUAGCAUGUGGCAUCAUUUAAUGGUCCUCUAUGAAGAUUGUUCAAAUUAUACCCCUGGGGUGAAAAGAGGCCCCGCCCCAGGGGUCACAAAUUUUACAUAGACUUAUAUAGGAAAAAACUUUAAAAACCUAUUUGGUAUGUUGCAUUGCCUAGUGGUCCGCUAGCAAAAUUGUUCAAAUUAUGUCCCUUGGGUGAAAAGAGGCCCUGCCCUGGGGGUCCCGAGUUUUAUGUAGACUUUUAUAGGAAAAAAUUUUUAAACAUCUUCUUGUCUGAAAGUUCAAGGCCUAGGCCUUUGAUAUUUGGUUUGUAGCAUUACCUAAUGGAUCUCUAACAAGAUUGUUCAAAUUAUGCCCCUGGGGUGAAAAGAGACCCUGGCCUGGGCGGUCACUUGUUAUAUGAGUUAUAUAGGAAUAAAUACUCCAAAAAUUAUCAGAUCAUAUUUCCUAGACUGUUUUAAUUAUAAUUACCUAAUGACCCCAAGUGAUUAGGGUUCACUUGACUGUGACCUUGACCGACUGGGCUACUUUCUUGUUUUUUAAAAUACAGUCUUGAAAUUUGGAAGACAUGUACAGUUUUGCACACCAAUCUUAAAACUGACUUUCUGUGACCAUGAAUGUGACCUACUUUCUAAUAUUUUAGCAUCAGUUUGCCAUUUUAAACAUGUGGCUCAUAUUACUCAGGUGAGCGAUUCAGGGUCAUCAUGACCCUCUUGUUAUUUCUUUAAAUUCUUAAUCAGUAAAAGUGUUCAGGUAUACACUGAGACAUACAUUUACUGUUAUUUACUGCUAUAAUCUAUUGUUAACACUUUUCUUUAAUAUUACAUUAAAAGGAUAAUCGGA